CGGCAUUAUUUGACUUUACGGAAGUGCUGCCUAGAGGCGUGAGAACGGGUAUUCUUAAAGCUAUCUUUCUGAACAUAUUACAUGUUAGUUUGGUUAAAAGAUUGAAUAGAUGGCUGGCAACUAACAUGUGGCUCCUUUGAAAAGAAGAGUAGACGGUAUAAAGUAUCUCACUUCUCUUCAUGUUGGCCUCAAAAUAAGUCCGUCAGCAGAAACAGGAGCUUUGCAGUCAUCGGCUGCUGCAGGGAAAAGUCCUUGCCAUGUCUUUAGUAGAGGAUAUUCUGGAUGUGCUGUGUAUGGUCCUGGAGUACUUCGGUGUAGCUCCAGAAAUGCUUGUUCCUGUGUGGGACUCUCAGCUGUGUGGUCAAUAUCGCAGCAUUGUGCGAAUGAUUGGGACAAAUCUCCCACUGCAGCCAACUCCACGUGUCCAUUUUCAGAUCCCCCUGCUGACUUAUAAGCCCCAUGGAUACAUUGAGGAUGAAGCAGACACACCUCCUAUUGCUACAUUUGCAGAUGUUCUGUGGGUGUUAGACUACGAGGGUGAAAGCUUUGCCAGAACCAGGAACCAUUUACCCCCAAAGAAAGACGGCACUUUGAGUCGGGAGCUGAUGAGAAACCCCAGACAAGCUCAAAGAAGAGGAGGGUGUGCGCCACAGACGGUUGACCCUGAAGCCCUGCAGAAGAUCACACAGCUGGAGAGUGAGCUGCUUAAACUACAGGCUCAGAUUGCCAUGAUUGUUACUGCAGCGCCAUCUUCAGCUCUCUCCUCCACACCUCGUGCUGCUGCUCCUCCUUCUUCGGCUCCACCACCGCCACCUCCCCCUCCUCCUCCUCCCCUCUGCAUAAUCUCCAGUGAGACAUCGUCUGUGAUGGAUCUGAUCAGAGAGCGUCGGAGCAACAAAUCUGAUGAUGGUCAGUCACAGUCGCACUCGGGGCUAAACGGAAACGUAGAAAACAAGAAGAUUCCUUCGAUGCUGGACGUUCUGAAGGAUUUAAAUCAAGUCAAACUACGCCGAGUGGAGAGAUCACCGGGAGGCAAUCCAGUGAAGAGAAGAAGCGAUGCUGCUUUGCAAAAUGACCCCGCGGCUCUGAUAGCUCGGGCGCUGAAAAAGAAAUUUGCUCACCAUCAUAACAACUCCUCCUCGGACAAGGAGAAUACCCUGCAGCUUUCUCCCUUUGGCAGUCCAGAAAACCCUCAGGUCUCUCAUCACGCCAGACGCAGUCAUGGUCGUCGCCAUUUGCUAGCCUGUUAAACUCAUGCCAGGAUGGACAUGCCUUUUAAUUGAUUUGUGUAGCAGCUACUGCUAAGUUUUAUUUUGUCGUUUACUUUCUUUAAAGGCUACUUUUACUUAAGUAAAAAUGUUAAGUUGGGUUUAUUUAUUUUUUUACUGCCUAUAAUAAAAAAGAAAAAUCAG